AUGGGAGGCUUUUAUGGUAGAUCAAAUUACGAAGACAUUGCUGUAGUUGAAGCGGAAGCCAUCGCGAAGGGCCUUGCCUGGGCAUGGCAAAUUGGCAUUAGGGAGGUUCAAAUCCAAUCAGAUGCCAAGAGGGUAAUCCAGUGGAUCACGAACGGCUCUACGUUAAGAGGACCAAUUGGUGCGCACAUUGAAGAAGUUAGACAAUGGCUCAAGAGCAACUGGAAAGCGAACAUCCGGACUGUAUUCCGGGAGCAGAAUGAGAGUGCGGAUACUGCUGCUUCUCUUGGAAUCAUGAUGAAUGUGGAAUGGAAAGAGUUUGAGAGGUGCCCUCCUGGUAUGGAAGAGAUAGUCGAUCCCGAAUGCAUGCAUGCAAUUUGGUCGCGCAGUGGGAGUCAUUAG